AUGACGCAGAAAUUGCAGAGCAAAACCUUUUUGAUAUCUGUAGGGCUGAGUGCGGAGCGCCAAGACUUUGUCCGCAUUUUGGGAGCUCCAGGCUGGGAAAGCUCACGCUUUGCAGAAUAUGUCUCGGCCAAUUGCCAGUUGUAUUCGAUGCGUAACAAUACCGACCUACGUCCCGCAGCUGUUGCAAGCUUUAUCAGAGGAGAGUUGGCAAGGAGCUUGAGGUCAAGAAAUCCGUAUACCGUCAAUGUCUUACUUGGAGGGAUGGAUCCUAUCACACAUGAACCACAUUUAUACUGGCUGGACUAUCUAGCGUCAUGUGCACCAGUUCCUUAUGCCGCUCAUGGAUAUGCGCAAUACUACUGUUUGUCUAUCCUGGACAAGCACCACAAUCCGAACAUCGAUUUCGAGCAAGGCAUGAAGAUUCUUGAGAUGUGUGUGGAUGAGCUCAAACGGCGUCUACCGAUAGACUUCAAAGGAAUGGUGGUGAAGGUGAUAGACAAGGAUGGCAUUAGAAAGGUUGAAUUGGAUGAUAGCAAGCGGAUCUAUACAGCUUGA